AUGAGAAUCAUCAGCAACGGCGAGACCCAUUUUGACAAAGAUGGAGCACUUGGAUUACUGGGGGAGUCCGAGGUAGAUGAAGAGGUCGUCAACGACUACCUGACCGGUGAGCCUUACUUUCAAGUCAAACCGCCUAAAACAACAGGCCGAGAGCUCUUUUCAGAUGACGUCGCACGUGCACUCGUUGAAAAGAUGAGAUCUCGCCACAUGAGCCCUCAGGCCAUCAUUGCCACUAUUACAAGAAUCACAGCUGAGUCUAUCGCCCGUGCGUACGAGCAAUACGUCCUGCCUCACCUUGAUGAGGGCAAGACAAUCGAUGAAAUCUAUAUCUGUGGCGGUGGUGCGUACAACCCGAACAUUAUGAAGCAUCUACAAACGCGCUUUCCUGCCAGCCGGGUGGCCAGGCUCAGCGAGGCACCCACCAAGAUCGAGCCCAACGCCAAGGAAGCAGUCAUGUUUGCGCUAUUGGGGUUUCUGUCAGUCAGUGGCCGCACUGUUCCACUUGCGGCUGAUUCAGAGUCUACAGAACCUGCUGUCAUGGGUGUCAUCACACCUGGUGAGAAUUAUCGGCAGAUUAUCGACGCUGUGGUUAGAAAUGAAGGGUUCUUAGCAAACGGAGUGUUGGGCCGUAUUCAAAUGUAA